AGAGCUAAGUUAGGUUGGGUUAGGUUAUGUUAAGUGUAUGGUGCAUGUUAGAAAAAUAAUACUUUCGGUAUAUUAUUUUAAGCUUGAGCGAAAAUGUCGGGACGCAGAAAGAAGAAUAAAAGUAAAUUAUUGGAGAAGAGACGACGUGUUUUUAAUAAGGAGCAGCGAUACGAGACAGAUGAAGGACCAAAUAUGGACAACGAGGCAGAAUCGACGGACGAACGGUCGAUACCAUUCCCUGUGGCUAUGUGGGAUAUGGAACACUGCGAUCCCAAGAAAUGCUCCGGUAGAAAGUUGGCAAGGCACGGUUUGAUAAAAACAUUACGAUUAGGCGCACGAUUUCCAGGCUUAUGUCUAACUCCGAUUGGCACUAAGUGCGUAAGUCCGACAGACCAUGAAGUUGUGCAAGAGUAUGGCUGUGCAGUCGUAGAUUGCAGUUGGGCACGUUUAGAUGACACUCCUUUUAACAAAAUGAAAACGCCCCAUCCUCGGCUAUUGCCGUUUUUAGUUGCUGCCAAUCCCAUAAACUAUGGGAAACCUUGCGAAUUGAGCUGUGUUGAAGCUAUAGCAGCUACUUUGAUUAUAACGGGAUUUCCAGAAGAGGCUGAGUUCUAUCUUGGAAAAUUCUCAUGGGGCCAUUCAUUCCUAGAGUUGAACAGCGAACUGUUAGAAAAGUAUGCUUUUUGCGCAAAUAGUGAAGAAGUGAUUGCAGUACAAAAGGAGUUUCUAGACAAAGCCUGGCAAGAGAAAUUAGAUAGGCUUGCACAACCUGAUUUCCCACCCAGUGAUACAGAAUCUGAAGAAGAGGAGGUAAAGAAAAGUGAAAGCACUGUAUCAAGUGUAACUGAAGAACUAGACAAUGUAAAAAUAUAAAGUAUGUUGUUAGAUAUUUGAUAAAGUAUUAAAAACAUUUAUAUACAUGAA